AUGGAUGGAUGGAUGGAGCUGGGACAUCCAGUGCUGAUCCCCUGGGUGGAUGUUCCUGUGCGUGCAGCUGGGAAGUGCCACCUCCCUGGGGACAGGUGCUGUUGCCUUUGGAGAUCCCAAAUCAGCACCCUCACCCCCCUCUGAGGGAUCUGAGCUCGGAGCAGGAAGUUUGAGGGUGUCCAGCUGCUGCAACAUUCCCUGGAUUUAAAGCCAGGCUGAAAGGCGACGACAGAACUCUGGAAAGGAGCGUGAUCCAGAGGGUGUGCAGUGACGGAAGCCUCUCUUAGGGGACAGUGAUCCUAAAUCCCAGUGGGAAUAACCCUUGGUCCCCGCUUUCCGGGUGUUUCACCAAAAAUCUCGGCUUCUCGAACUCUGCUUAUGGAGGCCGGUUUUGCAGCCAGAGUGAACUUUCCUCCACAUGGAUCUAUAAAGCCUGACAGUCCAGCAUUUUCUUCUCCAUCCAACACUGGAUAUUGCCCCACCUGCAAUGAAAGAUUGAUCCUGGAGAGGAAAAACACUAUCCAGGGGCUUAUGUGGGCCACAGAUGAGAAUUUUCCUGGUGGAUUUGGCCAUCGUGGGACUCUCCUGAAGUCUGGGUCUGGAUCAAGUUCCUUCGGCUCCACGGGUCUCAGACGCGGCCAGGAGGGGAAAACUGCCCUGGGAAAGAGGAGGAAAACCUGCUGCUGGUGGGAAAACCACUGGGAAAAACACCGAGGACACUUCGGGGGCUGUGACAGCGUCUCCGAAUCUGCUUUUAGGGUUUUGGUUUUUUUGUGCGUGCUUUUGGAGCUAUCCCAGAGGAUCUUUUGGAGCUGUCCCGGAGGAUCUUUUGGAGCCAUCCCGGAGGGUUUUCUUUCCCGUGCUGCUGCAGGAGGGGAGAGCAGCGGAGCCGCGGCAUCCCUACGACCGCGCCAUGCCCCUCUCCCGCCACACCGGCCAAAUCCCGGAGUCCACCUGGACCCUUGGGUUCAGGGAGAUGACGGAGCCCUGGAAAGGCGCCGUGGGCUGCCUCGGCGUGGCCGUCUUCUUCGCCAUGACCAUCGGCAUCAUCUCGUGGCAGGCGCUGGAGCAGUCCCCGGAGGAGUGGGUGCUGCGGGGCCGGGCGGCGGGGAUGCUGUGGGAGCGCGGCCGCGGGGCGCUGCUGCUGCGGGCGCUGCCGGCCGGCCGGCCCGUGCUGGCCAUCGCCGUGGGCAGCGUGCCGGCCACCGAGCCCCCGCCGCCCCGGGACCGCUGCUGGCACGACGGCGGACAGUUCUGCUAUUCCUGGGAGGAGGACGCCGAGCUCCGGCUCUCCCUGGAGCCGCCGGCGGCCCCCGGGACCGAGUGCUACGGCGUCCGCUGGACCCCGCUGCGCCCCGACGUGACGCUGAAGGAUUGUUUUUCCAUGGCUAAUGUCUCCUGGUACGGAGGGCCGAGCGUCCGUGCCCAGCGCUGGCCCCUCAACGGCGCCGAGAGCCCCGCGCAGCCCUUGGUCAGCGGCGACCUCAGCACAAACCCCGACGGUUUCGGACCUGUCCUGGAGAGGUACUUCCUGGGAUCCACAGGAGUGACGGUGACGGUGGCUCCGGACGUGUCGCUGCUCCUGUCUCUGGAGAGCCACAGGCAGUUCUGCCUGGAGACGCCGGCGGGACGAGCGGAGGCCCUGCACUACCAGCUGUGCGUCAGCGCCGACGUGGCGGCCGCGCACCGGCACGCGGCCGGCGCUCCGGCGGGAGCGGCUCGGACACCGCCGGACACCGCGCUCCUGGGGUCUCCGAUCUGGCGGUACCACGGCCCGGAGGGUUCGGCCGCCAGGAUCAAGCGAGGCCUGAGGUCGCUGGCGCGGAGGCUGAAGCGGCAUCGCCUUCAGGAGGGCGUCGUGGCCCUGGGGGAGCGCGGCACCGCCGUCCUCGCCGCCGCGGACCUCGUGCCCUCGGAGCGCAGGAAGAGGCAGGUCCCGGCCCUGGCGGAACCUCUGGAGCUCUCCAUCACGCUGUCCCCGUACGCCAGCGUCACCUCCCCGCUCUUCCUGCGCUCCCUGCGUGGUGGCGAGGCAGCGGGAUACUGGCUCAGCCGCCAGCCCCGACCCGGAGGCAGCUCGAUCCCGCUGCUGACCACCUGGAAGGGGCAGCUCUGCGCCCGCCUGAACGUCACCAGUGAGGCAGCGCUGCGCUGGUACCUGGCUCGUGCCCGGCGCCUGCGGCAGGCACUGGGGGCCACCUACGUGGCCUUCGAGGGAGUGGAGGGCAAUUCCUUCCUGGAGCAGGAUGUCCCUGCUCCCGCCGAGCUGGCGGGUGAUGGAUACACCGAGGUGCUGGCGGCGGCGCUGGCGACGCUGGGAAACGGCACCGUCAUCAGCGCCGGGACCAGAUCCGGUCACCUCCCGCUGUUUGUCCAGAUGAGCCCCCUGCGCUCCGACUGGAGCCACGCCGGGCUGAAGGGGCUCAUCCCCUCCGUGCUGCACUACAGCCUCCUGGGCUACAACUUCUUCAUCCCUGAUGCAGUAGGAGGGAGCGUGGCUGGAGCCACCCCGGGGGACCCGGAGCUGUUUGUGAGGUGGCUGCAGAUUGUGACAUUCCUGCCCGUGAUGGCCUUUGGGACCCCGCCCUGGCUCUGCUGUGACGCCUGGGUCCUGAAUCUGACCCGCCAGUGCAUCCAGAGGCACCGGGACUUUGUCGUGCCGCUGCUCCUAAAAUACAGUGAGGAGUGGCAGAGUUUGGGAUACCCCAUCUUCCGUCCUGCCUGGUGGCUCAGCCCCACGGAUCCAGCUGCAUUCACCAUAGAGGAUGAGUUUCUCAUUGGAGAUGAGGUCCUGGUUGCUCCAAUAACAGAAAAGGGACAAACGUGGAGGGAUAUCUAUCUGCCAGGAGAGGGGCACCUCUGGCUGGACACCAACACAGCCCGAGUGUUUGAUGGUGGCACCACCCUCAGGAAUUUCUCUGCCAGCCUGGCCGAGGUGCCCGUGUUUGUAAGAACCUCCUGAAUCCAGGCUGGGCAGCUCCGGGACAGAGACCUUCGAGGGCAGCGCCGGUCGCAGGCGCUCGCUCUCCCCUCAGACUUCCAGCCUCUUUGCACUUUUCCAAGAUCCUUUUGUUUUGUUUUUGUUGGGGGUUUUCUUUUUUUUUUUUUUUUUUUUUUUUUUUUUUAAUUUCAGCAGAAACUGGCUGAAUUUUCUUACUCGUUGUUAUCCUAAAAUAGUGGCUCUGCCGCCAACAUCCGUCCGCACCGAAUGCUGCGUUUUUCCCAGGGUUUUCCUGGUGAAAUGUUUGUGUGUGUGUGUUCAGGUGGGCAUAUCCAGCAUUUCCAGACCCCUGGCAACACGCUCAGAGGGGCAGGGAGAGGAUUUUCCAGGGGAUAAACGAACAUCAGCUUAUACC